AUGGCAAAGAAAAGUAAGGGAGCAGGAACAAAGAAACCAGUAAUCAAUGAAGAUGCCAAUAUGUAUCUCAAAGAAAUAAAAGAUGCAUUUAAAGACGAGAAAUACAAGUACCGUGAAUUUCUAAGAGUUAUGAAAGAUUUUCAGAUAAGAAGAAUUGAUAUAAAGGGAGUGAUGGCAAGAGUGGAAAAGUUGUUUCAAAGGCACAAAGAAUUGUUAUUGAAAUUCAAUAAAUUUUUACCAGAUGGAUUUGAAAUCAAAUAUCCACCUAAGAAAGCAAAAAUACCAGUAAUGAGUAUAGAAGAUGCUAAAAACUAUUUGGGCAAGGUGAAGAUUCGAUUUCAAUGUCAACUUUAUGUAUAUGAUUUGUUUUUAGACAUAAUGAGUAUGUACAAAAAUAAAGAAAAGAACCUCGAGGAGAUUUAUAAAAUGGUUACUUCACUUUUUAAAGAUCACCCUGAUCUUAUUGAUGGAUUUAUGAUUUUUCUUCCAUAA